AUGGGGCCCGUGGAGGAACCCAACAGCACCCUCAUCAUGGAGCAGCUCGUCCUGGAGGAGCAGCUCGUCCUGGACCAGUCCAACAGCCUGGUCACUCCGAGCCCGGGUCUCUACGGGUCCGGCAACGUCAUGAUGGACAGCACCAAGAUCGUGGGAGUCCAGGUGAUACUGAUUGCAGCCUACUCUUUAAUCAUCCUGCUGGGGUUCAUUGGCAACUCCCUAGUGAUCUACACGAUCGUGAAAUACAAAACCAUGAGGACCGUGACCAACUUCUUCAUAGCCAACUUGGCCCUGGCCGACCUCAUGGUGGACACCCUCUGCCUGCCUUUCACCCUGGUUUACACCCUGUUGGAUGAGUGGAAGUUCGGGGCAAUUCUUUGUCACUUAGUCCCUUAUGCUCAAGCGCUGAGUGUCCACGUGUCCACUCUCACCUUGACCGUGAUUGCUCUGGACAGGUACAGAUGCAUUGUUUUCCACCUGGACAGCCGCAUCUCCAAGAAGCUCAGUUUCACGAUCAUAGCCAUCACAUGGCUCGCGGCUGCCAUCUUGGCUGGCCCGCUGGCCAUCUUCAGAGAGUACCGGUACGAGGAAAUCCCAUCCAUCAACCUCAAAAUAGCCGUCUGCUCUGAAAAGUGGCCUUCUGGGAAUAACAGAGACGCUACCAUUUACAGCCUUUCCAUGCUCCUCCUGCAGUACGUCCUCCCACUCAGCAUCAUCUGCUAUGCCUACAUCAGGAUAUGGUUCAAGCUGAAAAGCCAUAUCAGCCCCACCUCCAGGAGCGAAAGCCAGUGCCGGAGGAAGAAGACGACCAAAAUGCUCGUCAUGGUGGUCGUGGUGUUUGCAGUCUGCUGGCUUCCCUUCCACAUAUUCCAGCUUGCCAUUGACCUGGAUCUGGUUCUCAUCUUCCACGAGUACAAACUCCUGUACACCGUGUUCCACGUGGUGGCCAUGUGCUCCACCUUCGUCAACCCCCUGCUCUACGGCUGGAUGAACAAGAACUACCGGAACGGGUUCCUCAUGUUCUUCAGCUGCCAGAACAAGCCCGAGAGCUUCUACACGGACGGUUCGCUCAGGGGACGGUCUUUCACUUUCAGGGUGACCACACUCAACGGGAGCCUCAAAAACUCUGCAGGCAACGGGAAGCUGCCGACAGAGGUGUAG